UUCCCUAUAGUAGUUUGCAUCUCUGCCCCUCCCACCAUGGGGAGAUUUCAUUUAGUAGUUUGUGUCUGCCCCUCCCACAAUGGGGAGAUUUCCCUAAAAGUAGUUUUCAUCUCUGCCCCUCACAUAAUGGGGAGAUUUCCUGCAUAGUUUUUGUGUCUCUGCCCCUCCCACAAUGGGGAGAUUUCCACCAGUAGUUUGUGUGUCAGCUGCCCCUCCCACAAUGGGGAGAUUUCCACCAGUAGUUUGUGUCUGUGCUGCUCCCACAAUGGGGAGAUUUCCACCAGUAGUUUGUGUCUCUGCCGCUCCCACAAUGGGGAGAUUUCCACCAGUAGUUUGU